UUGUAUUUUAGGAUUGGUGCUGUUUAUUACAGAAUCAAUUAUGUGGCUUGCAGAUGACAAAUCAUCUCAUCAGAAAGAAUCUGUUGUUGACAGCAAACAACAUGAUCCAUCUUCUCCACCUUUGGAAGGUGGAGAAUCUCUCUGUGAAUUUUAUUUGGAAGGUUCUGAUGAAGAUCAAAAACUUAAAAUAUUACAUGGUCAUUCUGAACAUGUAGAAAAUAAACAUGUAGAUAACAUUAGACAAAGAUUUGAGGAAGAAGCAUUUUAUCUACAUAAUGAUCAUUUAAACAAUAGCAACACUUUUCUUUCAUCUCUUCUUAGUCAAGAACUUGUUCCUUCUAACACAUUUACUCAUAGUUUUUUGCAAAGUAUACUUUCUAGUGUGGACAGUCGAGAUCCAGUUGUUGCUAAUGCUUGGAUGGAAACAUUAUUAGAUGUCAUUGAUCUUUUACCCAAAGACAUAAUCAAAAGAGAUAUUCUAACAUUAGCAAUCAAUAAAGGACAAAUAUCGCAACCUGUAUCUUCACGUUUGCUAUGUUGUAAGAUGUUAGGAAAAAUUUGUACAAAAUUUGAUCCUUAUAUUAUAAGGAAAGAAAUAUUACCUGUUGUACAAUCUUUGUGCCAAGAUGUUGAUCAUGAAGUUCGAGGUUGUAUGUGUCGUCAAUUAGAUGUUGUUGCUAAAGGAAUUGGACUUGAAGCAACAAAAAGUGCUAUUUUACCUGAAUUAGUAGAAUUAGCAAAUGAUGAAGAAAGUUAUGUACGACUUACUGGAAUUGAAACAGUUGUACAGAUGCUACCUAUGCUAGAUGAUGAAACAUGUAUUCAAAUCAUCAUUCCACUAGUGAAAAAAUUUUGUGAGAAUUCUAUUAGAACAGAAGAUGCUACUUUACCAGUAAUAGCAAGGCAUCUUGGGAAGUUAUGUCAUGGUUUAGCAGUUAAUUUAACACCAGAUCAACAGCAGUGGUUUCUGACAUAUUAUCGAGAAUUGGCUAAAUUAGGAUUACCACAUCAUAGGAAAUCAUUUGAUGGAGGUUUUAUAAGUGUACCACCAGUAUUAAGAGGAUUAAUUCCACAUCUUCCUGAAUCUUUAGCAGCAGUUACUAGACAUUUAGGAGAUAAUAAUGAAACUAAGGAAGAAAUUGGUGAACUCCUCCAUGCUCUUGUGAUCUGUGAAAAUGCUACUUCUUUGACAAGUAAUUGGCGUCUUCAUGCAGAUAUACUGACUCAGUUAUCUUGUCUUCCACACUGUUUGCCCUCUGAACAAAUUUAUUCAACAUUUGUGCCUUUACUGUUCAAUAAAAUUCAUACAGCUAGACCUAUACCAUGUCGGGUAGCAGCUGCAUAUAGUCUUUUAGUUUAUCUUCGAAAUACACCACAAUUUGAACAGAGAAAUGAUAUUAUUAAUAGGCUUAUUGAUGAAUUAUGUCAAGGAAGAAGUUGCCACAGUAGAAUGUUAUUUAUACGUGUUUGUGAAUUAGUGAUGGAACUAUUUUCAAAAUCUUUUUUCAAGCAAUAUUUUUUUCGUCCAUUGUUAAAAUUAGCUGAAGAUCCAGUUCCAAAUGUUCGACUUAGGUUGUGCUCUGUUUUACCUCAAUUAAAAGCUCAAAUAAAAUUACCAACAGAUGGAUCACUGUUGCAGGAACUUGAAGCUUGUGUUCGUGUAUUAAUGACUGAUGAAGGCGAUAGGGAUGUUGCAGCAGCUGUUCGAAAUGUUAUAGAAGAAUUGGAUAAGAUUGAAGUUGCAAUGGAGCCUGUAACUAAUGACUGUUAG